AUGCCACCUACACUGAUCCUCAUCCGCCAUGCCGAAGCUGAACACAAUGCCACGAGUAAUUGGAAUCUACACGAUCCAGAACUCACGGCCAAAGGUCUUGAGCAAUGCAAAGCUCUCGAAAAGCAUCUCAGAGAAGAAUGUCCUUUGGCGUUAAGAGUGGAGAGGAUUAUCACCAGUCCUAUGAAACGGACUUGUCAGACGAGUUUGAAUGCUCUGGCUUGGCUUAUCAAGGGCGGAGUGCCGGUUGAGGUGGAUGCGAUGUGGCAAGAGAACUCCAACAAACCCUGCGACACUGGCAGCUCUCUUCAAGAAAUUUCUAAACGUUUCCCAGAACUCGAUUUGUUUCAUGUCGAUCCUAGAUAUCCUGAUAAAUCUGACAACACACCGUAUGCGUAUACGAAGAAGGCAAAUCGGGAACGAGGAGAUCAUUGUCUGGAGGAUUUGUAUGCUCGGAAGGAGAAAGUUAUUGCGGUUGUGAGCCAUGCGGGGUUUUUGAGGACUGGGAUCAGUAAGAGGAGGUUUGCGAAUGCGGAUUUUAGGUGUUUUGAGUUUUCGAGAGGGGCGGAUGGGAAAUUGGGGCUUGUUGAGGAUGCGGAGACGGAGAGGAGUGGUGGGGGGGUGGGGAGGAGUGAGAGAGGGGUUUUUGAGAUUCAGGAAUGGGAUUUUCCGGUUGAGGUUCCUGGGAGGUGA